AUGACGUCGACACAGAAUGAGCUACUACCUUUCCAAUGCAUCGGCAUCGUCGGAGCCGGCAACAUGGGCUCCAUGAUGGCCUUUGCCUUUUCGGAAAUCGGUCUGGAUGUAUCGGUCUGGGACGUCAGCCACAAGAAUGUGGAUCAGGUGAUGGAGGGCGCAAAGGCCGAGGAUUACAAGGGCAAGAUCUCCGGGUUCUAUGAGAUCGAUGAUUUCACGAAGAGCCUGGACGGUAGAGGAGAUCGCAAGCUGUUCAUCUUCUCGAUCACGCAUGGUGACGCCGCGGAUAAAGUCCUGGGUGCCAUGAAGGACGCGCUGAACCCCGGUGAUAUUAUACUCGAUGGCGGAAACGAGAACUACCGGCGCACGGAGCGAAGGCAGAAGGAAUGUGCGGACCUCGGAGUGGAUUGGAUUGGCAUUGGGGUGUCGGGAGGAUAUCAGUCUGCCCGUCGGGGUCCAAGUUUGUCGCCUGGGGGUGAUGCGAAAGCGUUGGAGCUCGUUAUGCCAUUGCUGGAACGGUACGCGGCCAAAGAUUCCAAGACGGGCAAGCCGUGUGUGACGCGAAUCGGGCCUGCCGGUUCAGGUCAUUUCGUGAAAAUGGUUCACAAUGGAAUCGAGGGAGGAAUGCUAUCGACCCUGGCGGAGGCCUGGUCCAUCCUUCACUAUGGACUGGGUCAGACCUAUGACGAGAUCGGGGACAUUUUCGCCCAGUGGAAUCAGAAAGGCGAGCUGCGCAACAAUUUCUUGCUGGAAAUUGCGGUCGACAUGUUGCACACCAAGAAGCCUUCCCAGAGCGACAGUCAUGGGGACGGAUACGUGCUGGACGAAGUCCUUGAUAAAGUUGUACAGGACGACGAUAAUACCGAGGGAACGCCCUUCUGGUCCAUCAUGGAGUCGGCCGCCCGGCAUGUGUCGGCCCCUUCUCUUGCCACGGCUCAUUAUUUGCGAAUAGCCAGUGGCAACCGCGCAGAACGCGUUCAGGCGGCGAAGAAAUUGCAGCUACCAAGUCCUCGUGCUAUCGAGGGAAUCCAGGAUCGCAAGGCAUUCAUUGAAACUCUGCGACGCACAGUCUAUUGCGCCUUCUUGGCCUCAUUUUGCCAAGGCCUUGAAUUAAUUGCACGCGCAUCCGAAGACGAAGGCUGGGAUAUUGACCUCGGCAAAUGCCUGCAAAUCUGGCGCGCAGGCUGUAUUAUCCGAUCAGAGGCGAUUGCCGAUCUCCUGCAGCCGGCACUGGCCGGCGCUACGCGCCUCACUAAUAUGAAAACCGUCGACGAAAUUGCGCGAGAGUUGCACGAGAACUUCGCCAGCCUCAAGGAGAUUGUGAUCCAAGGAACCGUCUUUGAUCAGUACAUCCCCGCGAUAUCUGCUACUCUGGAAUACCUGAAGUAUGUUGGCGGUACGACACUCCCCACGAAGUUCAUGGAAGGCCAGAUGGACUUCUUCGGGGCUCAUUCAUAUGACCGGCCGGGGGUUCCAGGAGAAGAUCCAGGGCCGGACCCCGUCCGCAUCGCCGUCAUCGGCGGCACUGGUCUUCGUGAGCUCCCUGGUUUCUCCCAGGUCGCCUCGUUGGACAUCACGACUCCCUGGGGCAAGCCCUCCUCGCCCAUCACGAUCCUGCACCACCAGUGCUCGCACAACAACCAGACCGUCGCCGUUGCGUUCCUGAGCCGCCAUGGCCUGCACCACCAGAUUGCGCCCCACGAGGUGCCCGCGCGGGCCAACAUCGCCGCCCUCCGCUCCAUCGGCGUCCGCACCAUCAUCGCCUUCUCCGCCGUCGGCAGUCUGCAGGAGGAGAUUAAGCCCCGCGACUUCGUGAUCCCCGACCAGGUCAUCGACCGCACCAAGGGUAUCCGUCCCUUCACCUUCUUCGAGGGAGGUGCUGUCGCCCACGUGCCCUUCGGCGACCCCUUCGACGAGGGUGUUGCUAAGAUUGUCCGCGCCUGCGGCCACACUUUGGAGGGCGACGGUGUUGCUCUUCAUGACCGAGGAACCCUGGUCUGCAUGGAGGGACCCCAAUUCUCGACUCGCGCGGAGAGCAAGCUCUACCGCUCGUGGGGCGGCAGUGUGAUCAAUAUGUCCUGCCUUCCGGAGUCGAAGCUGGCCCGCGAGGCCGAAAUCGCCUACCAGAUGAUCUGCAUGUCCACCGACUACGACUGCUGGCACGAGUCCACCGCCGACGUCACCGUCGAGAUGGUGAUGGGCAACAUGAAGGCCAACGCGGAGAACGCCAAGCGCUUCGUGACCGCCGUGCUGGACGAACUGUCCGCGGAGAAGAACUCCGAGCUCGUCCAGGCCAAGCACGUCGAGGGAUCCAUCAAGUUCGGCCUCAGCACCGCUCUGCCCCACUGGAACCCCGAGGUCAAGGAGAAGCUGACCUGGUUGUACCCUGGCUACUUUGAAUAG